CAAUGAAAGUCUAGACAUUUUUAUACAUUCUGUUAAUUUUAGGUUAUUUCGAAGUGAGUGGUUAAACUAAUUAACCUGGAGGAGUAACUACAACAUUAUAAACAGACAAUUAACCUUUAUAUCUUUGUGACACAGGUAAUAGUAAAGGAUAUACAAUAGGCUUUUUUUUCAAUGAUUAGAUCUGUAUGGCUUGCUUAACAGUGACAGGAGGAAAGUGUACAUGCAAAACAUAUAAUGGAUGUGAUACUCUUACUUGCAAUGAUGGUUAUUACUAAGUUGGAUAGUAUAUUUAAUUUAAUAUAAUAUAGAUCAUGCAUUACAAUUCCAGACAGUAAUUGUUUUAGAGGUGGUUUAGCAGCAGAUGGAACAAGCAUAGUAUGUUACUAAUGUGUUGCUAAUUCUGGUACAACAUUAAUUGGUAUAGUUUAUAUUUUAUAUAAUAGGUGGAAUAUGUGUUACUAAUAAUAAUUGCUUAACUUUUGAUUUAAAUACUGGUGUAUGUACUAAAUGUGCUAAUGGAUACUAUAAUGUAAUGGCUGAAUUUACACCCAGUGAAUAUUUUGAUACAACUGAAUCUACUUGGACUUCAACUAAUUAUCCUCUCUAUUUCUAAAAUAUUAAUUAAUGUAAAACUUGUAAUGCUGAUGCUUCAUGUAAAAGUUGUAAUUUCCUGUAAUUAUAUAUUUCAUUAAUUAUUAUAGUAAAUAAUGCACAGAAUGCAUAGAUGGUUAUUAUUUGACUGGAACUACAUGUACUUAAUGUAUAUCUGGAUGUUAAAAAUGUAGUGAUACAACAACUUGUUCUGUAUGUUUGACAACCUAUAAUUUAACCAAUUCUAAUACAUGUUUAUCAUGUUCUACUACCUAAUACUUUGAUACAUAAAAUAAAACAUGUGGUGAAUGUAAUACUAUUAACAACUGUUUAACAUGUAGUAAUUCUAAUACAUGUACUAAAUGUUCUGAUGGUAAUUAUGCAGUCAAUGGAUCAUGUGUAACAUGUACUGGAUUUCCAUCAACUUGUUCUGCUUGUGAUGCUAAUAGCAAUUGUAUAAGUUGUACUUCAGUUACACCUAUGUCAAUUUUAUAAGGUGGUACAUGUAGAUAAUGUCCUUCUAAUUGUUAAUCUACAUCAAAUUGUUCAUAUAAUACACAAAAUAAUACUGCCUCAUGUUCUUUAUGUUAAGAUCUUUACUAUGUAACAUCAUAAGGAUAAUGUGCUAAAUGUGAUUCAGCUGGUGAACCCAAUGCUUUAAGAUGUCAUUAUGAUGCAAAUGUUUCUGGUAACAUUGUAUAUACAUAAUGCAAAACAUUAUACUUCUUAGCUAAUAACAAAUGUACUUAAGCUUAAUCUAAUAAUACUUGUGCUAAAUUAUUAGUUCCAACAGAUUAAACUGCUAUCAAUAAUUAAAGUUGUUCUGAAUGCUGGCCUGGAUUGAUUUAAAGUGGUUCAACUUGUUUCUCAUGUGAUUAUUGUCAAUCUGGAAGUUGUACAUUAAAUACAAACAAUUAAACAUCAUGUACUUCAUGUGUUGAUGGAUAUUAUUCUGAUUCAAAUUAAAAAUGUUAAUCCUGUAUUUCCAAUUGUAGUUCAUGUAGUGGACCUGCUAUAGGAGAUUGUACAAAUUGUUAAGCUGGUUAUUUCAAAGCAGCCAGUUCAUGUACAGCUUGUACUGUUGAUAGUAAUAAUCACACAACUUGUUUGGUUUGUUAAGAUGCUACUAAUUGUUCUAGUUGUAUAAAUGGAUACUAUAAUUUGAAUGGUUAAUGUUUAGCUUGUUAAUAUGGAUGUAGUUAAUGUACUUCUCCUGGAAAUGUAUGUUCAGCAUGUAUCAAUGGAUUCUAUUUAUAAAAUGGUGGUUGUGUUUAAGAUAAUGGAAAUUGUUAUUCUACUGAUAAAUUGAAUAUUUUAGCUACAGUCUAAUAAAAUCAAACAAACGGUUGUUAAAUCUGUAAUUAUGGUUUCUAUUUGACAAGUGGAUGGUUAACCUAAUAAACUUCAUCAUAAAUUUAAGAUUUUGUUUGUAUGUAAUGUGUCUAUCCUUAAAAUGCUGUAAUUUAUUUUAUUAAUAUUUUUAGUUUGUUUGCAGAACUAACCCAUAAGAUGUUUCAAUAUAAAGUGUUUAAACUACAACAACCGCACUUACACCAAGUAGUCAAUACUUCUCCAAAGGUGCAAUUGUUACUAAUAUUUCUAAUUUUGCCUUAUUAGACACUAGAUAUACUUCUGCUACUUGUGCCUCUGGAUAUUUCUGGACCAAUCAAAGUUGUAUGCCAUGCAUGUCUAUAACCUACGGUAUAUGUACAUCAUGUACUAAUCUUACUGCAUGUGCUUAAAUUACAUGCAAUUCAGGCUAUUUCCUUACCACUAUCAAUAAUUCUCAACUCUGUGCUCCCAUGCCAUAAGGAUGUAGUGAAUUAACAUUCUCAACAAAUCUUCUUGCAUUAGCUUGUACAAAAUGUAUAGCUGGAUAUACAAUUGUUGGAAACAUUUGUAUUUCAAAUUCUGGAUGUUAAACUAUCAAUUAAAGCAAUGGAAUUUGUACUUAAUGUUAAGAAGGUUAUUAUUUCAAUUGGGACUUUGUUUUGACAACUAGUGCUUAAACUGCUCCCACUACUAACACCAAAUAUUACACUACAUUCAAUUAAUUCUGUUCAUAAUGUUAAGCAGGAUGUUAGAUUUGCCCAUCAUAAUACACAUGUACUUAAUGUUUACCAGGAUAUUUCUGGUACUAAUCUACAGUCACAAACAAUUAAUAAACAUUUAUUAAGUAUAGUUCUAGUUUAACAUCAAAUAUGUCAGGCUAAUGUGUUCAAUGUCCUAAAUAUUGUUAGACAUGUACUACAGCUACUACUUGUACUACAUGUUAUCCCAAUUUCUAAGCUGAUCCCAAUUCAAGUGUUGGAGCAUGUAUGUGUCCAUCAGGAUAUACUUUAACAACUUCUGGUUCAACAUUUUCAUGUAUCUAAUAAACAACAGCAAUUGCAACAUGUUAAAUUACUGCUUGUUCUUAAUGUAAUGCUGAUAACACAUAAUGUUUAACUUGUUUAUCAUCAUUUUAAGGAAAAUCUUAUACUUUAUCAGGAACAACAUGCGUAACUUGUUCAUCAAAUUGUAGUCAAUGUACAUUGAUGACUGGUAGCACAAGUUAAACUACAUGUUAAGUUUGCUAGAAUGGAUAUUAUAAAACACAAAGUGCAAAUGAUCAACCAGUUCUAUGUUCUAUUUGUUCAUAAACAGGUGCUUUAUUAUGUUAAGGUUCAUUGGAGAAUGCCUCCUUUACAUAAGUAACAAUAAUCUAAUGUCAAAAUAAUUAUUAUUUAUAUAAUGGGGCCUGUGUAGCUGUACCUACAACUGCUACUUGUUAUACUAUUUCAUCAUCAAAUGGCAGUACUUGUCAAUAAUGUUUACCUGGAUAUACAUUAUAUGGUAACACUUGUUAAACAUGUGCAACAAGCAAAAAUUAAAAUUGUUUGACAUGCACUGCAAAUGGUGAUAAUUCUGGAUUGUAAUGUACUUCAUGUUAAUCUGGAUAUGUGAUUGAUUCUACAAAUAAUGUUUGUGUUGCAUGUUCAAGUGGAUGCACUAAAUGUACUUUAAUUGCAGCAACAUAAAAUACUUAAUAAAGUACUUCAUGUAGUAAUUGUAAUGAUGGAAAUUAUUUGGAUAAUAUUACUGGAAGAUGUUUUGCUUGUCCAUAUGAUUGUAAAACUUGUGAUUCAAGAUAUGUAAUUAUUAUUUUAUAAUAUUAUAGACAUGUUCAACAUGCAAAGAUGGAUAUUAUUUGAAAUAAUCAUAAACUACAUUAAAUGCCAAAUAAUACACCUUUAAACCAUGUUAUCCAUGUUAAUCUAAUUGUGCAACAUGUACAGGUCCAAAUGGAAAUGUUUGUUUAUCUUGCUCAUCUGGAUAUGUUAUGUAAAAUGGUGGUUGUGUUAAUUUAUAAUAAACAAUCCUAAAUGAUUAAAACAAAUACAAUUAUGCAAACUGUUAUCAACUUGAUCCAAAUAAUAGUGGUUGUCUUAAUUGCUAAGCAGGAUUCUAUUUAGAUGCUUAAAAAGUUUGUUAAGAAUGUGUUUCUCCAUAUAAUAAUGUAAGAUACAUAAAUUAAUAAUUAGUUUGUUUGUGGUCUAAAAGCAGUAAGUCCAACAAAUCCAGUUGGACCAAGUCCUAAUCCUACUCCAGGUCCAACUCCAACUGAUACCACUAUCUAAAUUGGUUAAAAUCCAGUUCCACCAAGCUCAUAUUCAAUUAUAUUGGGAAUGCUAAUAAUCGUAGUUUUACAAUGAGC